AUGAAGCCAGUUGUCGGCCUCCUUGCGGUCGCUGGCCUCGUCUACCGAGCUUGGGCUCGAAAGUCGCUCACACCGCUGGGUCUCUUUGUCGCCGGAGCGUCGGCGACCGCACACGCCCUCCACCCGUGGUCCACACCAUUCGCGCUCCUCGCGGUCUUCUACUACGGUGGGACAAAAGUCACAAAGGUCAAGCAUGAAAUCAAAGCACAAAAGACCCUCUCAGCAACGGGCUCAGAGGGAGGCGAAGGUCCCCGCAACCAUCUUCAAGUCCUGGCAAACUCGGUUGUCGCAACGGUUCUAAGCAUUGCCCAUGCCGUUGUGCUAUCAAGAAGCUCCUCUACAGAUUCUUGCUUCUCUCUCGGUCAGAGUCCCGCCGAUAUCCUUAUGGUUGGCAUCGUGGCAAACUACGCCGCUGUAGCUGCCGAUACCUUCUCCUCCGAACUCGGAAUCCUAUCCAAGUCGAACCCUCGUCUUAUCACCUCCCUCACCCUCCGCGAAGUUCCCCCCGGUACAAAUGGCGGCGUUACCGCCGCGGGUCUCGGUGCAGGGCUCCUGGGAUCAUUCACCGUUGCCCUGACAUCCGCUCUCGUCCUUCCAUUCUGCCCAGGCAAAUCCGGGAUCCAAGAUCGUGCUCUUUGGACCGUUGCGAUGACUUUCUGGGGUCUGUUUGGAAGUGUUUUGGACAGUGUCCUUGGCGGGUUACUCCAGGCGAGCGUCGUCGACAAGAGGAGCGGUAAGGUCGUGGAGGGCAGCGGUGGCCGAAAGGUCCUCAUUCACCCGGGCUCCACGAAACGAGCGGGCACUUCUGGUAACGGCCCCUCCGCCGAUGUCUCGGGCAGCACGCAGCUCCGUAACACGGAGGCCGUUGCCAACGCGGCUACCUUGCGAGGGAGCCGUGUUACCAGCACCUCUGCAGGAGUCCAUGGUGGCCGCCCUCAUGAUGAGAGCCAUGAGAGCAGGCGUCUUGAAACCGGCCGCGACUGGCUGGAUAACAACGGAGUGAAUCUUCUCAUGGCUUUCCUCAUGAGUGUGGGAGCUAUGGGUAUUUCGCAGUGGGUCUGGGGAGUUGAUGUGCGAGAAUUGUGGGCGUAG